UCAGGGAAGCCCUCACACUCUCACACACACACUCUCUCACUCACACACACACACAUACACACACAGUAGGUCCGGUGUCUCCGGUGAGCACCGCCGCUCCGCUCCCUGCUGGCUCCACACCCCGAGUCUCUUCCGCCUGAGAAGCAGCAGCAGCAGCAGCAGCAACACGUCCGGACCGGGCAUCGAACCAGGCUGUAGCGUUGAUCGAGCACCAGCGGGGGGGCCAUGGCCGAUGGAAGUUUCAACGAGUCGUCCACCGGGGAAGUAGCGAAUCGCUUCGCCCGCAAAGGAGCGCUGAGGCAGAAGAACGUCCACGAGGUGAAGGACCACAAAUUCAUCGCUCGCUUCUUCAAGCAGCCCACUUUCUGCAGCCACUGCACCGACUUCAUCUGGGGAUUCGGAAAACAAGGAUUCCAGUGUCAAGUUUGCUGUUUCGUGGUCCACAAGAGGUGCCAUGAAUUGGUCACGUUCUGCUGCCCGGGGGCAGAUAAAGGGCCCGACACAGACGAUCCCAGAACGAAACACAAGUUUAAGAUCCACACCUAUGGGAGCCCCACCUUCUGUGACCACUGUGGCUCCCUGCUCUAUGGCCUCAUCCACCAGGGCAUGAAAUGUGACACCUGUGACAUGAACGUUCAUAACACGUGUGUUAUGAACGUGCCCAGCAUGUGUGGAACGGACCACACCGAGAGGAGGGGCCGUCUUUUCCUCAAGUGCGAGGUCACCGUGGAUAAGCUGCAGGUCACAGUGGGUGAAGGCAAAAACAUGAUCCCCAUGGACCCCAACGGCCUGUCUGACCCGUAUGUCAAGCUGAAGCUCAUACCAGACCCCAAAAAUGAGACCAAGCAGAAGACCAAAACCAUCCGCUCCAACCUCAACCCCAAAUGGAACGAGUCCUUUAAGUUCAAGCUGAAACCCACAGAUAAGGACCGCAGGCUGUCGGUGGAGGUGUGGGACUGGGACCGGACCACCAGGAAUGACUUCAUGGGUGCCCUUUCUUUCGGAGUGUCCGAGCUCAUGAAGGCUCCAGUCUGUGGAUGGUAUAAGUUGUUGUGCCAGGAGGAGGGGGAAUACUACAACGUUCCCAUCUCAGAGGAGGAUGAUGGUAAUGAGGAACUGAGGCUGAAAUUUGAGAAGGCCAAACUAGGCCCAGGUAAGAAGCUGAUUGACGAGACGGACGACACCAACCCCGACCGCAUGCCGUUCAACAGCCUGGACCACGUCAAACUCGACGACUUCUCCUUCCUGGCUGUGCUGGGGAAGGGUAGCUUCGGCAAGGUCAUGCUGGCAGAGAUGAGGGGCAAUGAAGAGCUGUACGCCAUCAAGAUCCUGAAGAAGGACGUGGUGAUCCAGGACGACGACGUGGAAUGUACCAUGGUGGAGAAGAGAGUUCUGGCCCAACAGGACAAACCGCCCUUCCUCACACAGCUGCACUCGUGCUUCCAGACUGUGGACCGUCUCUACUUUGUCAUGGAGUAUGUGAAUGGGGGAGACCUCAUGUACCACAUCCAACAAGUGGGGAAGUUCAAGGAACCUCAGGCAGUGUUCUACGCAGCAGAGAUCGCUGCUGGUCUCUUCUUCCUGCACAAUAAAGGAAUUAUCUACAGGGAUCUGAAGUUGGACAAUGUGAUGCUGGACUGUGAGGGACACAUUAAGAUCGCAGACUUUGGCAUGUGCAAAGAGAAGAUUACAGAGGGAGUGACUACGCGCACCUUCUGCGGCACUCCAGACUACAUAGCCCCAGAGAUCAUCGCAUAUCAGCCAUAUGGGCGCUCUGUAGACUGGUGGGCGUACGGAGUGCUGCUCUACGAAAUGCUGGCAGGACAGCCUCCAUUUGAUGGCGAGGAUGAGGAUGAGUUAUUCCAGUCUAUAAUGGAGCACAACGUGUCAUACGCCAAGUCCCUGUCCAAAGAAGCUGUCUCCAUCUGCAAAGGGCUGAUGACCAAGCACCCGUCCAAGCGCUUGGGCUGCAGCGCUGAGGGAGAGCGGGACAUCAGAGAACAUGCCUUCUUCAGACGCAUCGACUGGGAACGCCUCCAGAACCGAGAGAUACAGCCGCCCUUCAAGCCCAAAGUGUGCGGAAAAGGAGCAGAGAACUUCGACAAGUUCUUCACACGCACUCAGACCCAGCUCACACCAUCGGAUGAGCUGGUCAUCGCCAACAUCGACCAGGCCGAGUUUUCAGGGUUCUCGUUCAUCAACCCGCAGUUUGUAAAUCCGAUGCUCAACAGUGUCGAUUGAGGAAGACGAGGGAAACACCCCGGAAGGAUCUCCCUACCCACUGCCAACCACUUAAACCAACCGCCAAUCCAACAUCUGACCACAACUUGAUCAAGGCCCAUUUUGUGUAUUUGUUCUGUUCAUAAACAGGAACUUAAGACAUGCAAAUUUGAUCUGUACAAAUAUCUUUGCCAGUAUAGUUUAUGUAGAUUAGAUGGUUUCUGGCCACUAUAAGAAAUGGUUUCCUUUAGCUUCACGACUGAUAUGUACUGUAGACCAGGUUCCCCUUCCUUAACCCUGCAGGUUACGUUGAAGGUUUCCCACAACUGGAGCCACUGAGACAGAGGAAUGUCCAGCUUUAUUUGUCUAUGCCAGUAUAUGAUUAAUUUAAGAUGUGGAUAAUUCUGUGCACAAAUUCAUCCUUACAAAUCUCAAUAGAUUAUCAUUAUAAUCUGCAUUUCUAGUUAAGAGUUUGAUUCUAUGUGGAUAAUUAUCACAAUAUAGAUCUGACUGUAUGUAACGAGUGGAAAAAGUCCCAUAUAACGCAGUGUAGUAGACGCUAUAGCCAAAUAUGAAGGAAAGCUGGUGCAGGAGUUGAAACAGCCCCUUGUGAUUCAAUGGUUUCCUGAUUCAAUGUUUACAUUUUUCUUCCCCUUUGAUACAUGGUGAUGGUGUAAACAUUUUUACUUUUAGCACAAGUUGAUUCCCGCCAGUCUCAUUUUUUAAGUGUGAGUAGCAAAUCCUCUAAAGAAGGAAGAGUUAUAUUUAAAUGAUACAAAGCCUGUAAUAGAAAACACGUGAGACACAUUGAGUCGUUUUCAGUUUAUCAAAAAAAUCAUUGAGAAUAAUGAUUAAUUUAUCUCUUUCCUAGCCCUUGCUGAGCUGCAGAGUUUACACUUACAUUAUCAAUAGUUUUAUGGACGCUAUGUGGACACACAUGAAUCCCUUCAGUCUGUGGGCAGUGGCGGUUUGUACUAUACAAAAUCAAAGCUAAAAAGUUUACAGUUUGUCAUGUUUGACACUAGCGAGUGUUGCCCCUGUCCCUCUCCUGCCCACGACUACAGAAUCCUACGUAUGAUCAUAAAUGUGUGAUGAAAACACUCCCGCACACUGUGUGACUUGCAGUGCUAUAAUUAUUUGUGAUAUAUAAAUAUUAUUCUCUUAUUCUUUAUUAGAAACCAUAUGCCUCGUGAAGAUCUAACACCAAAAUAUCACAAGUAUGUGCAAGUAAGAUAGUGUGCGGGAGUUUUUGCAACAACGUUUUGUUCACUUUACUUUUUCAACUGCAAUAGAUGUGCAAAUAAUUUUUCUGUUUUAAAUCGUAAAUGUCUUAACAGAAUCAGUACAAGACAUUUUGAUGAACAGUUAUUAUAAUUUUGUUUUAGAAUAUUACAUCAACUAAUAUUAAUGUGUAUUAACCAUGCAACAUUUUCUUGCAUACAGUAUCAUGUCUUCAAGUGUAGAUGAAACACAUGAGUCAGGUUUCUUAGACACGGAAGUUGCAAAUCAAAAACUACUUUUGUCGUUUUGUUGUCCUUAGAAAAAACGUUUCCCUCAUUUUGUCAACAUAAUCAUCAUAAUGAUUAGUUUUUAAUCUCCUCACACAUAUUUUUCCAUUAGAUCAGAUGACAUUUUUUUAUGUCUAAUAUCAGUGUAACUCCUUUGUAAAUAAUCAUGAGUUAUUUAAAAAAAAAAGAGUAUAAGAAGCUACAGUUUUUAUUCCAACACCUGAAUGUGCUUUUAUUACAUUAAUUAGACAAACCAAUAUUUGUAUGUGUACCAAAAGAUAAUAAUAACUAAAGGACUGCGAAGGUGAAACAGUACAGAUCCACCUUUGAACAACUGGAUGUCUUAAAUAAAAUCCAGAUUUAGCAAGUUGUAAUCUGUUCUACUGGUAUUACCAGUUUUAUCCGAUUUUUCUCUUUUUCCUUUUGAUUUAAUUAAAUUGGAUGAUUUUUA